AUGGUGGUACUCGAAACCUACCUCAUCCUCGUCUUCGGCGAUAUUCCUGCCGUUUCCCUCGUUCUCCGCAUGAAGGGGCACAAUGGCUACAGUCCAUGUCGUAUGUGCCAUAUAACAGGAGUCCCCAGUCUCGAGGACAAGUCCCGUGUCCUCUACGUCCCACUGGACCGAUCGUCGCAUCCCAAGGUCCUCGAGACUCCUGACGACCAUGUUGCUGCUUACGACCCGCUGGAUCUUCCCCUCCGUACGCAUACGGAUUUCAUGGCGCAGGCGAAGGAGGUUCAGGCUGCUACAACAAACGCAGAAGCAGAGGCACUAUCCCGCGAGUAUGGCAUCAAAGGCAUCCCCGCUCUCUCCCACCUCCCCUCCCUGACUCUACCCGAUUGUGCUCCUUACGAUCUCAUGCACCUCAUCUUCGAGAACCUCCUCCCUAACCUUAUCAAGCAUUGGACAGGCGAGUUCAAGGGCCUCGACGAUGGGAAGGAGGCGUACCAGUUCACGCAGGCGAUCUGGGAAGCUAUCGGUCUCGAUACUGCCAAUGCAGGCCAGUACUAUCCCUCCGCCUAUGGUCCUCGGGUGCCCAACAUCGCUCUGGACCGGUCGAACUUCUCGGCGGAGAUGGCUUCGUUCUGGAUGUCGUACAUCGGCCCUGUGGUCCUCAAGCGCCGCUUUUCGAAGCCCAAAUACUACAAGCACUUUGUCGACCUUGUCUGCCUCAUCAACAAGUGCCUGCAGUUCGAAAUCACCACAGAUGAGAUUCACGAAGUACGAGAAGGCUUCAAGGAGUGGGUCGUAGCCUACGAGCGUAUCUACUACCAGCAUGACCCGCGUCGCUUGUCAGCGUGCCCCCUUACGAUCCACGCGCUGCUCCACAUCGCCGACAGCAUCGAGAAUAUGGGUCCCGCCUGGUGCUACUGGGCCUUCCCUAUGGAGCGCUAUUGUGGUGCUCUUCAACCUGCGAUUAAGAGCCGUCGCUUCCCCUACGCCUCCCUCGACCGCUUCGUCGUUGAAUGCGCCCAACUUGAGCAGAUCAACGCGAUCUACGGUACUGCAGACGAGAUGGCACUACGUGCUCCUCGAAACAAGAUUCCGCAAGGCGCGUAUGCGCCAGCUGCCUGUACGUUAUGACUUGUACAUCCUUCGGGUCAAUACUAGUUAAGUGGCCCCCGGGGCGAUAUACGAGACCUGCCUUGUUGAGACAAGCCAUCCACUAUCUGAGGCCGUGAGGUGCUGCGCCGCCGCCCGCGCGUGGCGACCACAGCACGGGCAUAGGAGGGACGGGCAGACGACGUGGGUGACGUAGUGGUGUUGAGGACGAGACACGUACUGUGGGUGCGCUGGAUGGCCGGACCAGCAGAGCGGCCCGCCUCAGAGUGGUCU